CUCUCCUCUAUGACCUUUAGGUACUUUAUGGUUACAAGUUUAUUACGACAGGUGUCAAAUGUAAUAAUUGAAUGAUAGAAAAUAGCAAAAUAUAUUUAUCUAUCUAUCAUUUUAUUUCAAAAAUAUCUUGCUCAUUAUCAUGAUUUUUUAAUUUACUUAUGAGUAAAGUAUCAAAUAGUAAAUACAAUUACUACUAGAAUGAUACCUGUGUGACCAAACGCAUUUUUUUCCUUUAUUAUUUUAUUGUUUACAUUUUACAUCCUAUUUUCCUUUCAUAUAUCUAAUGUAUAUUGUUAAUUCUAGUGAAUACAACACUACUUGGAUAGUCUAUACAUAUAAGUGCAGUGGCGUGUAGUAAUAAAGAACUAAAAUAAAAGUGAAAGAGCUAAAACCUUGAGAACUUGAUCAAUAGCCUUGUAGCACCAUGAAUACGGAUGAAGAGACUCCUAUUAAGAAAAAAGUCGAUAAACAACCAACUGAUAAUCUAACAGUAACUCUAGACAAGAUAGAUGCAAAACGAUCUGAGAAAGGCGACGAGGAGCCAAAGCCGCGUAUUGUUCUAACGUUUCGGUCGGAAAAGAACAGUGCCAAGAGUAGCAAUAUGAAGAUCGUUACUAACGAGGAGAAGCAGGAAGAGGCGCCGCGUCGGUCUAGUAGGACUCGCGGUAAGUGGGAGUGGGUCUGCGACAGCGACACAUCUCCCAAGAAAAACAAGUCUGGCACACAGACAACAUCAGAGAAUGAUGAGUCAGACAGCUCACACACCACUCCCAAACGGUCGACGCGGCGACGCAGCAAGGACUCGGACAACGUCCUUGCUAAUGCCAUUGCCAGAAAGGAGAAAUCAUAUGAAACCCAGCAAGCUCCUCAAAGAUUGUCCCGUAGAAUUAAACCUACAGCUAAGAUUCUUGCCAAUGAAGAAUUACGAAUGGGAUUGGAAUCUCAGAACAAUGCCCGUUUAGGGAUAAAUGAGAAGUCUCCUGAGGAGGGUGUGAGGACACGGAGGUCAGUUCGGCCUUUGGCAAUGGAGAUAGAAAAGAAGAAAGAGCCAGAGAUGGAAGUAGAAGAGGAGAUGGCAGUGCUAGGAGAGGAUGAUGACAGCCAAAGUCAGAAUACUGUGAUGAAGUUGAAGCACCUGUGUGAGCUGGGCUUGAAAGCUAUCAGUCCAGAUGAGGCAGAGGAAAGUGGAAAUGAAAACAGGGGAGACGCAGAUGAGGAUGAAGAAGGAGAAGCUGAAGAAGAUGGAGAAGCCGAUGAAUUAGACGAGGAUGAGGAAGUGGAGGAUGCAAUAUUCCUCAGCAAGUUGAUGGAGGCUGACGAUUCAAGUGAUGCUGAUUUCCGAUGUUCCGUUGAAGUAGCUUCAAAGAAUAGACCAAGACGGUCAACUAGACUGUGCUCCUCUGUUGGAUUCAAUGACAGUGAUAGAUCAUCACCUGUAGGGGAAGACGAACAUAAGUCACCGCGGCGCUCGUCCAAACGGUCGAGGCACAAUUACGUGGACGACAGUGAAAGUAAUCCAGCCGCUGCUGACGAAGGUUCCGAGGCUGCCUGCCCGACCGACGAGACCACCAUAAUAGCGGCCUGCUUCUGCGAGACGCCAAGCAAUGUGUACGCUGCGCCUGAAGAACUUACGGAGCCAAUAUUCUGUCAAGCAAUAGAGCUGGUAGACGGAGUCCGAGUCGGGUGUUCCCACAGCGCACGUCGCCACCGCAGCCUAGUGAGUAGUGGCAACCCUAGCGGGCUGGCCGCGCUAGUGCGCGCCGGCCCUAGGGCUCCCUACUUCCUGGCCUGCAACCUGCACGCCGCGCAGCUCGCCAAACACAUGUGCUGCCCUGCCUGCGGACUCUUCUGCACUCAGGGUACGUUCUACCAGUGUUCUUCGGGUCACUUGUUCCACCUGGACUGUGGCCUGCCUUACAACGACACGAAGCAGGUGCCUCCAGGCUGCCCGCACUGCGGGAUGUCCUCGUAUCGCUGGAAGACGGUCAACGAUAACUGUGUCAAGGUCAAGGUCGAAAUGAAGUGCAGCAACAAACGGAUCUUCCUGCCCGACCAGAGAGAACAGUGUACACCAGCUUACCUCUCGUUUGCCGUGCGGGAGCCGAAGCCCGAGACAAGCCCGAUCAUCCCCGAAGACCUGCUCCCCUCGCCCCCAAUAGACCUGAAGCAGCUCUGCCAGCAGGCGGCGCAGGCCCCCAACAAGUCGCCGCAACAACUCUGUGACGCCAUCUUAAGGGGAGAGACUGUUGAUCAACUUUUACCUAAAAUUGGUAAUACGUUUGCGUGUUUGCCGACCUAUCUCAUAAAGAAAAGUAUGAAAGUAAAGUUUGUGUCAGUGUCGAGUGCGAGCCUGAAGAAGUCGGUGGCGGGGCAGGCGGGGGGCGGCUGUAUGCACGCGGCGGCGCGGGCCGGCCACGUGGCCGCGCUCUACUUGCUGCACUACGCCGGCGCAGACCUCGACCACCUCGACCACCACAUGCGCACGCCGCUCAUGAUCGCCAUACUUGCUCUUGUCGAAAAACCGAAUAAGAAAAAGAAAGGUAAUAAGCGCUCCAAGUCUGAGGAGCCAGAGCGGGAUGAUGACAAAGUGGAGGAGAGUGAGAAACAUGAGAAGGGCGAGGAGAAGGCGGAUGAAGAGGAUGAGGAUGUGAGGGCCAAGGAGGAGGACCUCAUCAAGGUCAUUCGGUAUCUCGUAGCCGCUGGCUGUGACGUCAACUUGCCCGGUCCGGACGGGAUGACAUGCCUCCACCUGGCAGCGCAGCAUGGCCUGAUUGGCGUCCUGCCCAUACUGCUGGCGCGCGCAGACGUGGACGCGAGGGACCAUGGCGGGUGGACACCACUCGUCUGGGCCGCUGAGAAUAACCACAGCCAAGUCGUCAAGUGA